AGAUAAGUUGGCAUUUAAAAGAGAAAGGGACACUGACCUCCUUUGAGGGAGGGCCGAGAAGGCUGCCCCACCCCUCCUCUGGUCGGAAGGCCACUGGGGCCCAGGGGAGCCUAGGUGCCCCUGCGAACUGAUGCCCUCUGCUCCUCCUCUGCAGACGACCAGAGCCCGGCGGAUGAGAAGGGACUUCGCUGUCAGAAUCCCGCCUGCAUGGACAAGGGGCGGGCAGCCAAGGUAUGCCACCACGCCGACUGCCAGCAGCUGCACCGCCGGGGGCCCCUCAACCUCUGUGAGGCCUGUGACAGCAAGUUCCACAGCACCAUGCAUUAUGAUGGGCACGUCCGCUUCGACCUGCCCCCACAAGGCUCUGUCCUGGCCCGGAACGUGUCCACGCGGUCAUGCCCCCCUCGCACCAGCCCCGCAGUGGACUUGGAGGAAGAGGAUGAAGCCUCUGCAGAUGGCAAAGUGGACCGGAAGAGCACAGGCCUGAAACUCUCCAAGAAGAAAGCCAGGAGGAGACAUACGGAUGACCCAAGCAAGGAGUGCUUCACCCUGAAAUUUGACCUGAAUGUGGACAUUGAGACGGAGAUUGUGCCAGCCAUGAAGAAGAAAUCGCUGGGGGAGGUGCUGCUGCCUGUGUUUGAAAGGAAGGGCAUCGCACUGGGCAAAGUGGAUAUUUACCUGGACCAGUCCAACACGCCCCUGUCCCUCACCUUUGAGGCCUACAGGUUCGGAGGACACUACUUGAGGGUCAAAGGUGAGCAGCAGGCCCAGCAGGCCACCUGGCCAGCCAAGCCUGGAGACGAGGGCAAGCUAGAGCAGGGCGUGAAGGACUCCAAGUCACUGAGUCUGCCCCUCCUGCGGCCGGCUGGGGCCGGGCCCCUGGCGCUGGAGCGUGUGGACCCCCAGAGCCGCCGGGAGAGCCUGGACAUCUUGGCCCCUGGCCGCCGCCGCAAGAACAUGUCAGAAUUCCUGGGGGAGGCCAGCAUCCCUGGGCAGGAGCCCCCUACACCCUCCAGCUGCUCUCUACCCAGCAGCAGCACCAGCAGCGGGGGUGGCGACAGCUGGAAGAACCGGGCGGCCAGUCGCUUCAGCGGCUUCUUCAGCUCAGGCCCCAGCACCAGCACCUUUGGCCGGGAGGUAGACAAGAUGGAGCAGUUGGAGGGCAAGCUGCACACCUAUGGCCUCUUUGGGCUUCCCCGGCUGCCCCGGACUCUGCGCUUCGACCACGACUCCUGGGAGGAGGAGGAGGAGGACGACGAGGAUGAGGACGAGCACCAUGCCUGCCUGAGGCUGGAGGACAGCUGGCGGGAGCUCAUUGAUGGGCACGAGAAGCUGACACGGCGACAGUGCCACCAGCAGGAGGCAGUGUGGGAGCUGCUGCACACAGAGGCCUCCUACAUCAGGAAACUGCGGGUGAUCACCAAUCUCUUCCUGUGCUGCCUCCUGAACCUGCAGGAGUCGGGGCUGCUGUGUGAGGUGGAGGCGGAGCGCCUGUUCAGCAACGUCCCGGAGAUCGCGCGGCUGCACCGCGGGCUGUGGCGCGGCGUGAUGGCACCGGUGCUGGAGAAGGCGCGGCGCACGCGGGCGUUGCUGCAGCCCGGGGACUUCCUCAAAGGCUUCAAGACGUUCGGCGCCCUCUUCAAGCCCUACAUCCGCUACUGCACGGAGGAGGAGGGCUGCAUGGAGUACAUGCGCGGCCUGUUGCGCGACAACGACCUCUUCCGGGCCUACCGGCUGGCGGCCGUGGUGAGCCGCAUCGACGCCUACGAGGUGGUGGAGGGCAGCAACGACGAGGUGGACAAGCUCCUGAAGGAAUUUCUGCACCUGGACCUGACCGCACCCAUCCCCGGUGCCUCCCCUGAGGAGACGCGACAGCUGCUGCUGGAAGGGAGCCUGAGGAUGAAGGAGGGGAAGGACAGCAAGAUGGAUGUGUACUGCUUCCUCUUCACGGAUCUGCUCUUGGUGACCAAGGCAGUGAAGAAGGCCGAGAGGACCAAGGUCAUCAGGCCGCCACUGCUGGUGGACAGGAUCGUGUGCCGGGAGCUGCGGGACCCUGGCUCCUUCCUCCUCAUCUACCUGAAUGAGUUUCACAGCGCUGUGGGGGCCUACACAUUCCAGGCCAGCGGCCAGGCCUUGUGCCGGGGCUGGGUGGACGCCAUUUACAAUGCCCAGAACCAGCUGCAGCAGCUGCGUGCGCAGGAGCACCCAGGCAGCCAGCAGCACCUGCAGAGCCUGGAAGAGGAGGAGGAUGAACAGGAGGAGGAAGAGGAGGAGGAGGAGGGGGAGGAAGGCGAGGAGAGUAGCACUUCGGCUGCCAGCUCCCCCACCAUCCUGCGCAAAGGCAGCGACAGCCCCGACUCCCAGCACAGUGCCUCGGACGGCUCCACGGAGACCCUGGCUAUGGUUGUGGUGGAACCUGGGGAGAUGCUGUCCUCCCCUGAGUUCGAAGGGGGCCCCUUCAGCUCCCAGUCCGAUGAGACCUCUCUUAGCACCACUGCCUCAUCUGCUACGCCCACCAGUGAGCUGCUGCCUCUGGGCGCGGUGGACGGCCGCUCCUGCUCCAUGGACUCCGCCUACGGCACCCUCUCCCCAACCUCCCUGCAAGACUUUGUGGCACCAGCCCCUGUGACAGAGCCAGUGCCCCGGGCCCCAGAGUCCCCACAUGCCCACUCCCCGCAACCCUCACCCCGCCUCCGCCGCCGCACCCCUGUCCAGCUGCUGCCUCGCCUGCCCCACCUGCUCAAGUCCAAAUCGGAGGCCAGCCUCCUACAGCUGCUGUCCGCUGCUGGCACUCAUGGAGCGCCCUCCUCCCCCAGCCGCAGCCUGUCAGAGCUCUGCCUGGCCACUCCAGCCCCAGGCGCUAGGACUCAGGAAGUUGACCCUGGCCCAGCUCUACCGAAUCAGGACCACCUUGCUGCUUAA